AUGGAUUUGCAUUGGAUCGAAUCGGACCCACUUCCAUAUCAACCAGAAAUAUCAAUUGUUGCCAUAUUUCUGACUCUUCUUUCGACAAAUGCCAUGAUAUUUGUUGCUUAUAGAGCAACACCGAAGAAAAUGAUUGCCUAUCGGAUUCACAUCGUCGAUAGCCUUAUCUCAAGCGGUUUAUUCGGGCUCACAUAUCUUUUACUCUUUAUGGGAUUCACUUUCCAGAGGGGUAAUGAGAAAUUCCUAUAUUUCGCCUCAAUUUCGUUGGUCUCUUUAUUCAACGGAACGAUUUCGAUGAAAACGAUUAUGGUAUUUUUUUAUUUGAGCGGUGUGAACUGUGCCCGAGCGAUCAUUCUCUGUUUCAAAUAUCGUUUCGAGAAAGUCAUCUACGGGAAAACGAAAGAAACGUAUUUCCGGUUGCAGAAAUAUUUCAUUCAUCCACUGCUUCUCAUUCCGUUUGUCAUUCUCGUCAUUAUCGUUGAUCGAUGCUGUCAACCGGCCAACUUUUUGGCGAUGAUGAAUCAUACCUCAUUUCUGUUCGCAACGACGAAAAUCAUCGUCAAACCGUACAUCUUCAACGUGAUCGAUGUCCUCGAUAUCAUUCUUUUAUUCAUCACUUUAUUCAUUUAUGGCUUUCUCCUUUUAUUCUUCAACAUUUACACAUAUAUUUUGCUUUAUUUAAGUAAAAAUCUGGCUUGUCAUCUAUCAAGGAAAACUCUGGCCGCACAAAAAGUCGCCUUCUUAAUGUUGCUUGUUCAGACUGGCCUCUCAUUGGCACCGGCAGUGUUAACAGUUGUUGUUUUGAUCAUCGGCUAUAUUGCAAACAUAUCAUCGAUUCUUACAGUGUUCAACCUUCUCUCAGCGAUUCUCAUCGGUUCCUUUGGGAUUCUGUAUCCACUUGUGAUCUUGUCAACAACGAAACCCUAUCAAAAUUACGCAAUGCAACGAUUAUUUCACAUUCAACCGGCAAAGGGGGAUGAUUCUACUCUCGCUGCCAAAAAUGGACCCACCUCAUUAACCGGUGCCGAAUCUACUGCUGUG